CAUCUUCAACACCACCAUGGCAGACAAUUCACCUGUGUUUCCCGACCAUCAGCUACUUUCCUGACAAUGAGAGGUUGAAAGGGGACGCCCGUAACACUGGUACACCUUUAGGUGAUAGUGCCAAACUUUCACUUGCCACAUAAUUGUCAAUGGAACACACAAACACAGCUGAGGUGCCCUGGGCAUCAAGGUUCUCGAAGGCAGCAUUUUCUGCUGUGCCCUUUGCAUAACUUACCCACAGGCAAACCCCUCUCGUAAACUGAUAUUUGAAAUCACCUAGACAAGCCUUCUCUGUGCCUGGGUCUCUCGCCUAGCAAGCGCACAAACGCGCGCGCUUCUGAAAGACAUACUGGACCCUUCAAAACCUCGGCAACCUGGUCAAGCUUCCAUGUGCACAGUCUUGGAAUCACCAGUCGGUGCACGAAGUAAACGAAACAUGCUAAAUUAAUUCUAGGGGUUGCAAGGCUUACCCGCAGUGGGGGUUGCCAUUGACAGGGAGACAGGGUUCAAGAUGCCCUAUUGGCUCGCAGGAGACGACAACACCUCCCCCAAAGCCGUGCUCGGCGCCGCAAGAAGGAGAUCGGCCGUGGUGAUGGGUCACUCCUUCUUCUUGCAGCAGGGAUGCAACCUUGAACGGUGAGAUGGUUUGUUGCAUCCGAUCUUCUUUUUAAAAGUUGACAGGUCCCGGCCGUUUGGACCUUUUCAUCUGUUCUCCAAGUCCAAGCUUGUCCUUUCAUAUUGUCAACAGCUUGCUGACGACCGAGUGUGUGUGUGGGUGUGUGUGUGUUGAUCACCAACCUUCGUUUGGUAUUGUUCUUUUCACUUCAAUUGCCCGCAACGCGAGGCUAUUACUCUAUUCAUUUUCUGUUCACUUUCUAUUGUACCACUUUCGUACAAUAGUCCACGAAUUUCGGUCACCCGGGGAAACACACAGAAUCGUUCGAGAGUACUUUGCUGUUGCCGCUGUCACGGUGCUUUGCUGAAUCGUCAACCGCGCCACUCUCAACACAGACGAUAGCAACAAGGCGUUACCUUUUCGCCGAGUUUGCUCGCCUUCGAUUUUUGCUUUUAUCUGCUGUGCAGCCACUUUCCUUUCGAUAUCAUCCGCUGGUCCUCGGACAGACGCAACUACUCAAAGAACACCACAAGGCUCCAGCAACAAACUCACCAUGAGGUUUGUCAAGUAUGCGAGACCCGUAGCGGUCCCGGCAGUCAUCAUAUCUGCCGUUGCGCCGAAAGAGCUCAACAUCUCUGAUUCACUCUCCAUCAAGGGCGUUGCCAAAACCGUCGCCGCCAACGCCAUGUCUUACUACUCGGGCACCCCUGAGAAAUUUGUUGACCUUCCUCAGCCCUACUACUGGUGGCAAGCCGGUGCCCUGAUGGGCAGCAUGCUCGACUACUCUCACUAUACGGGCGACCACAGUUACGACAAGCUGAUCGCAAGGGGACUCUUGGAUCAGGUUGGCCCCGACUUUGACUAUAUGCUCCCCACUCACUUUGGCCAAGAAGGUAAUGACGAUCAAGCAUUCUGGGGAAUGUCUGUCAUGGCCGCCGCGGAGAGGAACUUUCCCCAGCCAGACCCGAAUGUUCCCGGGUGGUUGGAUAUGGGUGCCAACAUUUUCGACUCGCUGGCUGGCAGGUGGAAUACCACUGCUUGCCAGGGUGGGCUUUUGUGGCAGAUCUUUGCCUCAAACCCGAACGGACUCGACUACAAAAACACCGUCAGCAACGGCGGCUUCUUCCAGAUUGCGGCCAGACUGGCCCGCGCCACCGGGAACAAGACGUACAGUGACUGGGCGGAAAAGGUUUGGGACUGGACGGAAGCCAUCGGCAUGAUUGACAAGUUUGGAAACGUCUACGACGGCGCCCAUGCGAGCAAGGACUGCAAGGACACCAACCCGGUCACGUUUUCUUACUCUGCCAGCAUCUACAUUUACGGAGCUGCCGUCAUGGCCGACGUCACCCAGGACAAGAAGUGGACCGAGAGGACGGAGAGGAUGGUGGAGGCGAGCAGGAGCUUUUUCAGCCCGUUUGAGAACGCCACCAACAUCAUGUACGAGCACGCGUGCGAGCAGGUGGACAAGUGCAACCAGGACAUGAGGAGCUUCAAGGCGUACUUUUCGAGAUUUGUCUAUGCGGCCGCGAGGUAUGUUCCGAGUAUCAAGCCGGCGAUCGAAGAAUUGUGGCAUACUUCGGUCGAGGCGGCUGCGAAGACUUGCACAGGCGGUGCGAGCGGGACCCAGUGCAGCCACAAGUGGUAUACCGGUGCCUUUGAUGGAAACCCGGGCUUGGGCCAGGAGAUGUCCGCGCUGGAGACGAUUCAGGGCUUGUUGGCUUUGGACGCGGAAGCACCGUUGAAGGGGGGCGAAAUCAAGACUGUGAGGGCGUUUGCUGAUCAGAAUGCCGUAAAGGGUGAUUCUGAGACGGCUUCAGGUCCAGCACCAACACCGACACCUGAAUCGGACUCGGCGGCGGGCUCCCAGACCGAGGCCGGGACGCAAACCUCGGGUGCGUUGAGAAGGAGGACUGUUCCCGUGAGGGGGUGGUGGUAGACUUUUGGGGUGGUGGGGUGAUGGCGUGUCUUACUUUCUUCGUUGUAUUUACAUUUCACCUUUUGAGCAUUGCAGGCCACAUUAAACAUGUGGCCUGGAGGAAAUCUUGGAAUCUAUUGCAUUAGGCAGGGGAAAAGCAUACAGACAUGCAGAUACAUAAAACUAGAUGGUC